AUGCCUUCCACGUACAAGAAGGAUAAGCCGUGGGAUACGGAUGACAUCGACAAAUGGAAGGUCGAACCAUUCAAACCUGACGAUAAUGUUGCCGGUAACUUCGCUGAGGAAUCAUCCUUUGCGACUCUGUUCCCAAAGUACCGUGAAGUUUAUCUGAAAGAGGCAUGGCCUGUUUUGACGAGAGCGCUGGAAAAACAUGGAAUCGCCUGUACACUGGAUUUGGUGGAAGGUAGUAUGACCGUGAAGACGACGAGAAAAACAUUUGAUCCGGCAGCGAUCCUGAAAGCUCGCGAUCUGAUCAAGUUACUAUCAAGAAGCGUGCCUGUGCAACAGGCACUGAAAAUCCUUGACGACGAAGUUGCAUGCGAUAUUAUCAAGAUCCGAAAUCAGGUGCGCAAUAAAGAGCGGUUUGUCAAACGUCGUCAACGUAUCCUCGGUCCUGCCGGCUCUACUCUUAAAGCUCUCGAGCUCUUAACUGGCACUUAUAUCCUGGUGCAGGGCAAUACGGUCGCUGCCAUGGGUCCAUUUAAGGGGUUGAAGGAGGUUCGCAAAGUGGUUAACGACUGCAUGGCCAAUAUCCACCCGAUUUAUCACAUCAAGGAGCUUAUGAUCAAGCGUGAACUGGCCAAGGAUCCCACCCUCGCCAACGAAUCCUGGGACCGAUUCCUGCCCAACUUCAAGAAGCGCACCCUGUCCAAGCGUCAUACGCCAUUCAAGGUCACCGACAAGUCCAAGAAGGUGUAUACGCCAUUUCCCCCAGCGCCGGAGAAGAGCAAGGUGGAUCUACAGAUCGAGUCGGGCGAGUACUUCCUGUCCAAGGAGGCCAAAGAGCGCAAGCAGAAAGAGGAGGUGAUGGAGAACCAGCGCCAGAAACGCGAGGAGAAGAUGAAGGAGCGGGAGAAGGCAUUUAUGCCUCCCGAGGAGGUCGACAGUGUCGAGAAGGAGAAGAAGAAAAAGGAGAAGAAAGAAAAGAAAGAGAAAAAGAAGCGAAAGCGCGACUCAGAGGGAGAUGCCGACGAAGUGUCCGAGAAGAAAGAAAAAAAGAAGAAGAGGAAAAGUACGUCAAAAAAUGGCACGUCCUCCAACGGAGAGGAGUAA